CGCGCCUCGUUGCGUUCUGCUGUCUGUGGUCUGCUGAGGUCCCCGGCCCAGACAGGCUCCCGGCCAUGGCGUCCUCUGAGGCCGGCGGCGUGGUGAUCGUUGGAAGUGGACUUAUUGGACGGAGCUGGGCCAUGUUGUUUGCCAGCGGAGGCUUCCAGGUGAAACUCUAUGACAUUGAGCAACAGCAGAUAACAAGUGCCCUGGACAGCAUCAGAAAGGAGAUGAAGUCCCUGGAGCAGUGCGGCGCUCUGAAAGGCUCCCUGAGUGCUGAACAGCAGCUGUCCCUCAUCAGUGGCUGCGCCAACAUUGCCGAGGCAGUAGAGGGCGCUGUGCACAUUCAGGAGUGUGUACCUGAAAACCUGGAACUGAAGAAGAAGAUUUUCACCCAGCUGGAUGGCCUCGUUGAUGAUAGAGUCGUCUUAAGCAGCUCCACCUCUUGCCUUCUGCCUUCCAAGCUGUUUGUGGGUCUGGCACAUGUGAAGCAAUGCAUCGUGGCUCAUCCUGUGAAUCCACCAUAUUAUGUCCCUCUGGUUGAGCUGGUCCCUCACCCUGAGACAUCUCCAGCCACCAUGGACCGAACCCACGCACUGCUGAGGAAGAUCGGACAGUCCCCAGUGCGAGUCCUGAGGGAGAUAGACGGCUUCGUCCUGAACCGCCUGCAAUACGCCAUCAUCAGUGAGGCCUGGAGGCUGGUGGAGGAAGGAAUAGUGUCUCCUAGUGACCUGGACCUUGUCAUGUCAGACGGAUUGGGCAUGCGGUAUGCGUUCAUCGGACCCCUGGAAACGAUGCACCUGAAUGCUGAAGGUAUGAUAAGCUACUGUGACAGAUACAGUGAAGGCAUGAAACGUGUCCUGAAGACUUUUGGACCCAUUCCAGAAUUUUCCAGGGCCACAGUGGAGAAAGUUAACCAGGACCUGUGUCUGAAGGUUCCUGAUGACCCAGGGCACUUAGCUGCCAGGAGGCAGUGGAGGGAUGACUGUCUCAUGAGACUUGCUAAGCUGAAAAGCCAGGUGCAGCCCCAGUGAGUUUCUUGAAAUGCCAGUGUCACUCCUCUCUUGAACGUCCUGUUGGGGAAAAUCAAAAGCACUUGCUCUAAUCUCUAAAGCAAUGAGAAGCCCUGGGGUGCUUGGCUUGAAGAUUCAGAGGUCGUAGAGGCCAAGUUCUUCCAUCAAGUUGUGCCUAACCCUGGACUGGGCUGUCACAGCAGUCUUCCAGAUCUGAGGUGUGGGUUUCCUCCCACCUGGGCAAAUAGUCUGAAGAUUUUUAACCUCGUCUUUCCAGUGUGAUUACACACAGCUGUACUUUACAGUCAGUUGCUAAUAGAUCAUUUUAAAAGUACGGAAAUAUUCUUGUAAUCAUUUUUUUAUUCUCUUUCUGAGUUCUCUGCACUUGUGAAGC